AUGGUGGCCUUCAAUCCUGAAAGAGACAUCACUGACCUUUCCGGGAAAGUCAUUCUUGUUACAGGAGGCAACAAUGGUCUGGGAAAAGAAACAAUCAUCCAGCUCGCCAAACACAACCCCUCCAAAAUCUACAUGGCCUCCCGCAGCGAGGAGAGGGCCAACACAGCGAUUGCCGAAAUAACCAAGACUGUCCCGAGGGCAAACAUCAUCUUCCUUCCUCUGGACCUCGCAUCUCUCGCCUCAGUGAGGAAAGCAGCCGACAUCUUUUUAUCCUCAAACAACCAACUCGAUAUAUUGGUUAACAACGCGGGAGUGAUGACCACCGAACCAGGUCUCACGAAAGACGGCUAUGAAGUCAACUUUGGCACAAAUCACAUGGGCCCGGCACUUCUCACCAAGUUACUCCUCCCGGUGCUGCAAUCAACCCGUGCCGGUGGGAGUGACGUUCGAAUUGUCAAUCUGAGCUCUGCUUUGUAUCAAGCAGCCCCAAAGCCCGGCAUUCUAUUUGCGCAGAAUAAGACGCCCCUCGCUGAUCUCAGUACACUUGCCCGGUAUGGCCAGUCGAAACUGGCAAACGCAUACUUCACCACCAGUUUUGCGAAACGAUACCCUAAAAUCAAAUCGGUGGCUAUACACCCGGGUGUUGUCCGGACUAGCCUCACCGAUGUCACUAAGGGGUCCUCUUUCUUUCUGUCAUUGCUUGUCCGAGUCAGCAACCUGAUGUCAGUGACUAUCGAGGAGGGCGCAUGGAACCAGCUAUGGGCUAGCACGGCUAGCUCGGUCGUUAAUGGGGCAUUUUAUUUCCCUGUGGGAAAGGAGACCCAUGCUAAGGUCCUAGAUGACAAGAAACAGGCUGAAGCUUUGUGGGAAUGGACAGAGGCAGAGUUGAAAGCACAUGGCUAUUAA